GACCUCAAGGAUCAAGGGGUGGGAUUCUCAGAUCUGAUAUGUGUUAUAGCGUGGGCAGAUAUACCCGGCCAGCCCCAGUGCAGAGCAGACUCAUCAGACUUCUCGGACGCACCCAAAGAGAGCAGGAGUAGGCCCAUCAAGACCAGGCUUCUUACACACACACCCUCCUCUCGUCUGUCAACCGCAAGCCAAGCCAAGCACGCACACAAAAGGCUGGCCUCGUACUUAAACUCGGCGCAACCCCGAUCAUCCCAAAGAUCCGGAACCCCAUCUGAUACUACGACAUCUCGUGCCACACACACAUCAUCACCAACUUCAAGCUCGACAUUUGACCCGUCACCGAACCCGAGCAAUCACUCUUCAUUACGGAAUCAAGCAGAGGAAGAAAGGCCUAGGGCGACAACAACACCAGCGUCCCACCCCCUCCCUCGCACCGCCGUGACGCAAGAAAUCACCUACUACCUCACCUUACACACAAUAUAAACAUGGCCACCUCAAUAGCAAGCCACCACCACACUGGGCAGCACUUGGGCCAGUACCAGUACGCUUGCCCUCCGCCGUCGCCUCCCAUGGACCAGCCGCGGUGUACUCUUCCCUCCAUCUCCAACCUGAUCGGUCUUGCCGACGCCGGAUCACCGACUCACGAGUCUGCUCCCUCAUCACAACUUCAAAGGAGGUCUUCGGGCAUCAGGACAGACAGCCGCCCCGGCACCGGGUAUGCCAACGCCUUCCCUCACCACCACAGAGCAUCGCCUCCCUCACCGCCCAUGAGCACCAGCGCCUCCACAGAAACCACAUCGCCCGUGCAGAGGCCGAAGACUCACUACUCAAACGCCUCGACGCCUACAGGAUACUACCACGAGACCACGCCGCCUCUAGAGUCGGACAUGCAGCGCCAUCACACUCUUCCUCAGACUCCCUCGACACACGCGCAUGGACCCAGUACUGGUAGCUACUUCCCGCCAGCCUCGUCUACGAGCGCGCCGCCACCCCAAGCGCAAGCUCAGUCUCCCCCAUCAGGCCUCGCGUAUCAACAACCACUGCCAAAGUCGUUCCCGCCGCCCAGCAUUCGCGUCUCUGUGGCUCGCUCGACCUUGGGCCCCAUCUCCUGGCAACACCACCACUAUCUCAACCCGGCGCCGGGACACCAGUUCCCAGCAUGCCAGGACCGCUACAUCUGCCAGACCUGCAACAAGGCCUUUAGCCGCCCCAGCAGUCUGCGCAUCCACAGCCACUCGCACACGGGCGAGAAGCCCUUCAAGUGCUCCCAGCCGGGUUGUGGCAAGGCAUUCAGUGUACGCAGUAAUAUGAAGCGUCACGAGCGGGGAUGCCACUGUUAGACCGGUCAUGGCGGCAGCCUGACCGUCCUUUCUGUACACACUCUUCAUUUUCCGUCGCUGCGCAAGCAUACGUUUUUCUGCGACUUUUGAUCAAUUUUUUCUUUUUACAUUUUCGGCGUACUAU